AUGCCAAAUUUUAAUGAACUACCGAAAGUGAUCUUUGUUUUAGGACCUCCAGGAUCUGGUAAAGGAACGCUAUGUAUGAAAUUAGAAAAAAAUUUCGGUUUGAAACAUUUGAGUGCCGGCGAAUUGCUGCGGACUGAACGGAAACGUGAAGGUUCUCAAUAUGGUCAAGUUAUUGAGUCACAUAUCCUCAAUGGCACUAUUGUUCCCGUUGAAAUUACUUGCAAACUCAUCGAGAAUGCAAUGAAUAAUUCGCCAUCUGCAAAAGCAUUCUUGAUUGAUGGUUAUCCACGGAAUCAAAAUAAUGUAGAAGGAUGGGAACGUAUGAUGGGAUCAAAAGCAAAAGUUUUAUUUAUAUUAUAUCUACAUUGUCCAGAUGAUAUCUGUAUAGAAAGAUGUUUGAAUCGAAAUGAAGGACGUUCUGAUGACAACGAAGAGUCAUUACGUAAAAGGAUUGAAACAUAUUAUACACAAACUAUACCAAUCAUAGAGCAUUACAAGGCGAAAAAUCUUGUACAGCAAGUAUUAGCAGCGGCAUCACCAGAGCAGGUUUACGAAGAAGUGAAAAAAAUUAUCGAAAACUUCAGCAUGUAA